GAGACGAAACAUCCACCAUAGCCCACCUCAUUCAUGGAAUGAACUGUCACUAAAAAUCCUCAGAAUAAACCAGUUUCCCCAGUAUUUCCCCUCUGUCAUACUGUUCCACAAACAAUCUAACUUGACAUUAUAAUUUCUCAUCUACGCGACGAGGCGAGGCGAGACGAACGGACCAGGAGCUUAUUUCUCUCUGCCCAGAGGCCAGACUCAACCUUUUUUCUCAUCCACUCCAAUCUUUGAGACUUCUUCGACCCUUCGAGAUCGCCCCCUAACGUUGCCUGAUCCCCAAGACCAGUCUUGCUGCAUACCAUCCACGCGACAAUCGACAGUGGGAAAAGGCCAAGGUUUCUCGGCGCCCAGAGUCACAGCCUCUCUGUUGUACAUACAGUAUUACUACCAGGACUACGACUACGAUUACGACUCCAGACUCCCCGUGUCAUUCUCAAUUACUUUCGCCUACACAAUAUUAUUGAGAUUCAGAGCUCCCCAAGUCCGCCUCCUUCCACUACCAGACAAGGGCCCCCCGACACUACUGUACUGUACUGUACUGCACUUACCAGGAACUGGAGACCGGGUCCAAUCAAUCCGCGUUUGAAACCUCCUGUUCCUUUUCCCACGAUCCCUCCCCCAAAUCGCGCCCCGAACAGAACACACUCGUUCUUCUUGAUCGAUAAUCUCCAACAAUUACCACGUUUCAUCGAAUUAAAGUCCAGACUAAGAGAUAUCCGAAAGUCACGAACUGCUGCCGGUCGAAACUCUCUACCGCGUUGCUUACUCUUCGAAACGUGCCUCUCAUGGCGACUGCUUAAGCGACCCCCUCCCCCCCCCCCCGAUUCAUAAUCCUCGCUCCGACUGAACUUGCGAACCUCGUCGCUCCGCGCGCGGCUGGCCAUACUAUUGCGUGUUGCCUCAUAGGAUAACCGGCCAGCCGCAAUCAUGGCUGCUGCUGCCGCCCUCGACAUGGCCUCCGCGACCAUCACGGGGCUGCCUUCGUUGUGCACGACGACUCUCCUGCCCGACAGUGGCAUUAUGACACUCGGAUUCGACGGCGUCCCUGUACCAUUGACCGAACCGGCUGUAUAUCAAGUCCCAUGCCCGACCCCCGAUCUCUUGCCUCGAGCCGAAUAUUCCGUGACGGUUGCUGCUUCAGGCGACGAGAGCAGCCUCACUCAGCAUGACGCAUCUGAUAGCAGCCCCAAAUUCUCCGACUUCCGCGAUCCCUUUUACGCCUCUACUUUUCCGAUAUGCUACGCCCUUGCCGCGACUACUGUCACCGCCUACAUGCUCGUUAUUAUGCUAUUCGUCACACCGCGGUCGUUUCUCGACGGUGGAAUCGUUUACCUGGGCCGACGAUCCGCUUUCACUCACAGUUCAUCCAGCAGUGUCACGAUUGGUGGCCGACCAUGGCUACAGAAAGUUGCUGCUUUGACUGUUGCCAUCUCGCUAACGAUUGCCUCGGCUGACACCUUUCAUGCUGCCAAAAGUCAGUACAUGUGGGGGAUUCAGAACGCGAAUCAACUUCAGGACGAAGUGAUGAAUAGCGUGGAACUCAAAGUUAUCCGGCUUGUCUCCGAUACCUUUUUAUGGUUGGCUCAGGCUCAGACUCUAAUCCGACUCUUUCCCCGGCACCGAGAAAAGAUCAUUAUCAAAUGGGUCGCGUUCGCACUCAUCACUCUCGAUGUUGUCUUCAGUGCCAUUACCAGUUUCAAAUACUCGGAAAAUGGCAUCAACACCACCGCGCGGCCCAAAAACUUUGUCCAUCCCGUGCCCGCUCUCAGCUAUCUGUUUCAGCUCUCCCUCGGGCUGUUGUACGCAGCAUGGGUUGUUUACUAUGCGCUUAUGAAGAAGCGCUAUUCUUUCUACCACCCCUUUAUGAAGAACAUUAGCUUCGUCGCCAUCAUCUCGCUUAUCUCAAUUCUGAUUCCCGUCGUAUUUUUCAUUCUCGAUAUCUCUCAGCCUGAUUUCACUGGAUGGGGCGACUACGUGCGAUGGGUUGGUGCUGCAGCUGCCAGUGUCGUGGUCUGGGAGUGGGUGGAAAGGAUUGAGGCUCUGGAACGAGAGGAGAAAAAGGAUGGUAUACUUGGACGUGAAGUCUUUGACGGAGACGAUACACUCGAAAUCAAUGCAUCCGAGUUUCCGUGGCUCCGGAAUCGCAAGAGCCGAAAAGGAGGCAGCUCAGGAAGUAGCGGCGACGGCGAUCGACAGCAAAUGACUUCGUCUGCUGCCAACGGUUGGCCGACUGUUUCCUCCAUUGCCAACAGAUACCGAGGGCAGAGCAACGGCGCUUUUGCCGAGACUACUGAGCAAUUCACACAAAGAAGCACAGGCAGAGGUUUGCGGCCCAACAUCUGGCCAGCUCGCCCGGCGCCUGCUGUGACCCCUAUUAGCCGAACAGAUACGGCCAGCGCAGCCAGCACGGUUUAUGCCGUCAGAUAUCAAGCACCCUCAGAAACCACAUCGCGAACACCAGACCCUCUACCACAACCUAGUGUGAUCGAUCUGAGUCAACAGAGCAGCACUCCCCCAAGCCAACACACGCAUGAUGAAUCCAAUUCUUCAAAUCAAGCUCCAGCUUCUGUACAACAUGGACAUGUCGUGUCAUCGCCCUCACAACAAUCCGCCGAUCUAGAGGCAAACUUGACAAGCUCACCUGUCCAGGGCGGUUGGCGAAGUCUUGCAAUUGCUGGCCCCAGGGCUGGUCAAUCGGGUGAGGAUGCGACACGGGGGAUGAUCCAGCAUUCAGACAACAAUCCAGUCGCGGAACGCGAAGGAAGGGCAAAUAGUUCGAGCCGAUGGGAUCUCAGAGCUCGCCUGGAAGAUUUUGCGGCCAAUCAAGCAGAGAAAUUACGGGACCGCAUGCGCACAGCUCCUAAUACCGAGAGUCUUCCUGUAACGGUUAUUCCGGCACCUCCGCGAAGAGGCGCAGCGCUGCAGCAGGUGCUCGAGGAAGAAGAGCUCAACACAUCAGAGCAGGGCUCGCCAGGUCGGGAACCUUUUACGUCACAAAACAGGAGCACGAACAGCCCUAGCAACGCAUCUCGAGACGCAACAGGAGAAAUUUCACAACUAGACAGGAGUCGAAGCACGUUCUCGGGCAGCCAAGGCGACGGGCCGAUCCCACCAAAUAACCCACCACUAUGGCGGGGCGUUCGGCCGAGAAUGACUCCCGACGAAGAUUACUAUGAUGAUUCUGACGAUGGAUCACUGUCAGGCAGGUCAUCAUUGGAUCAUCGAAGGCAAGAUUCGGACUCGUCGGGUCUGCACCGAUCGAGUUGAGAACUUUUUUUGUGUUGAUAACUGUGCACUUAGCGAGGCGUUGUUUUCUGCUCUGUUUUGAUGAGCAUCUGGAUGAAUUAUACCAAUGAUACCCCAGGAAUGAGUGUAGUAGAGUUUUGCGUGUAUAUCUAAGGGACGGGAGGGGACAGACAUGGGCGCCAUCCUUGGGAUUGGAUUCUAUAUAUGCUGAAUGGGCCGACCUUGAAGGAAGGCAACGAAUGGCAUUGAUAUUUGGAAGUAUGUAUACAUGGAUACUCGUAGUCAGAAUAGCCUUUUCACCUGAAAAGGACAUGCCGAACAUGGUGUGUGUUGGAGUAGUAAAUAGACUAUGCAAGAACAAACAGCACGAUGAAAUCAACUGUUAUAGAAACUAUUGAGACAGCUGCUUAACAAUGGCCAGAAACAUGAACUCUGGUGCCUCAACCAUUUGAU